CUGGUCGCUGCACUGGCAAGUUUCCUUGACCCGGUACACCGGUCACGCCUCCAGGGCGACUGCGCAUUCGGGAGCAUCCAGAUCGGGCCUUGGCUGCGCGCCAAAUCCAACGGCGGCACAGAAGCUGGGUGCUCUAUGGGAGCCAGCAGCGGCACGCGCGCCACUACCGGGGUCUGCUCGGGGACAGCUGGUGUGCUCUGGUGCAAGUAGAUAAGCGAUGAUGCAUUUGGCAAUGGCUUGUGGCCCUUGCUUAGGCGCUCGACAGUGGCGGCCACGGCUGGCAUGGGCUCGGGCGCCGCGCAGAACACAGUGGGUCCCUUUGAGCCGACACAGAGAUGCGUGGUGGGGCAGAAUGCCUCGACCCAGCUGCCCUGGACGCACUUUAGGUACCGGGACGAGAGGCCAUUGCCGUCAGCGCAUAUUACUGUGUGUGCGGGGCACGGCGAUUUGGGCAGGUUGGCGAUGGACGGGUAUGCAGCAAUCAGUGAUGGCAGCACUAGACACAAUGCGAGUGAUGUGCAUGCUGGAUGUUUUUUUUUUCACGGAGUGUGGUGUUUACCGAACGAAAUAUAGGUGUAUCUGAGAUCCCCGCUUGGAUAUGCAAAUGUAGCAAAUGGCGACUGAUUGUUCUGAAGCGGAACCUGGAAAUCUAGGACAUGGAAAUAAUCGGGUUGAGACGCUUUGGCCAAAAUAGGGAAGAAGGCGCGGCAGAC